AUGCCGCUGGAUUUGGUCCGGUAUGUCUUCGGUGGAGCCGUGGUCUGCGCCGCCGGCGACGACCAGGGCCACGUGCACGGAGACUGCCAUUCGAGCCCCUUUAAGGUGGUCCUGGUAGGCACCAGAGAGCACCACCCAGCCAUAGCCUGGGUCUACUCCUCCGAGACCGGCAUGUGGAGCAAUCUUGUCUUGACCAUGGAACCAUGCGACGGUCUGAUUGACGUCCAUUUCCCCUGUACCCUUGUCGACAAUGUCCUUUAUUGGUGGUUGUAUGGGCAUGACAAUGGCAUACUCGAGUUCGAUCUGCAUACCCAGACACUAGCUGUGACCGAGGGGCCUUCCCGUGCGGACACCAACUCUAUCAACAGCCGGAUCAUCAGGGGAGAGGAUGGCGGUGUUGGCGUCGCAGUAUUUUCGUAUCUGAGCUUGAAACUGUGGAAACGCAAGGUCAGUAGUCAGGGUAUUCACACAUGGGUGCUGCAGCAGAUUGUUGUCUUCCACAAGAUCAUUGAUCUUACACAUCAGAUCAAGACAAGGAAGGAAGCUAUAGUGGGGUACUCAGAGGAUGCAGGUGCGGAUCUUAUAUCGGUGCCUUGCUGUUUAGGUAUCAGGACAGGGAAGGAAGCUAUAGUGGGGUACUCAGAGGAUGCGCAUGCGCUUUUUAUAAAGGUGUCUUGCUGUUCAGGACCCCAUACCUUCAUUGUUGAACUUGAGUCAAUGCAGUCCAGGAAAAUUAAUCAAAGUUUUUUGGAGAAUUCCUAUCAUCCGUUCACAAAUUUCUUCACUGCAGGUACUGUUCGAGCGUUAAGUACUGUUCCAGUCACUGAGCCACCAGUGUACCGUUCCAGCCGUUGA